GCCAUCAUGACGCUGACUCUCUUCCCCAUCCGGCUCCUGUUCGCCGCCUUCAUGAUGCUGCUCGCCUGGCCCUUUGCGUUUGUGGCUUCGUUGGGAUCUGCUGAGAAAGAACCGGAACAGCCACUGGCCUUGUGGCGGAAGGUCGUGGACUUACUGCUCAAGGCCAUCAUGCGGACCAUGUGGUUUGCCGGCGGCUUCCACCGGGUGACCGUGAAGGGGCGGCAGGCCCUACCAACUGAGGCGGCCAUCCUGACCCUGGCACCACACUCCUCAUACUUCGACGCCAUCCCCGUGACUAUGACCAUGUCAUCCAUCGUGAUGAAGGCGGAGAGCAGGGACAUCCCGAUAUGGGGAACUCUGAUCAAGUACAUCCGGCCAGUGUUUGUGUCGCGAUCAGACCAGGACUCACGCAGGAAAACAGUGGAAGAGAUAAAGAGACGGGCGCAGUCAAACGGGCAGUGGCCACAGAUAAUGAUUUUUCCAGAAGGCACUUGUACCAACAGGACUUGCCUAAUUACCUUCAAGCCUGGCGCGUUUAUCCCUGGAGUUCCUGUCCAGCCUGUGGUUUUACGGUACCCAAAUAAGCUGGACACGAUCACGUGGACAUGGCAAGGACCUGGAGCGUUGGAAAUCCUGUGGCUCACACUGUGUCAGUUCCACAAUCAGGUGGAAAUUGAGUUUCUCCCAGUGUACCACCCUUCAGAGGAGGAGAAGAGGAGCCCAGCACUGUAUGCCAGCAACGUGAGGCGCAUCAUGGCAGAGGCCCUGGGCGUCUCUGUCACAGAUUACACGUUUGAGGACUGCCAGCUGGCCCUGGCGGAAGGACAGCUCCGUCUCCCCUCAGACACUUGCCUUCUAGAAUUUGCCAGGCUUGUGAGAGGCCUCGGACUAAAGCCAGAAAAACUUGAAAAAGAUCUGGAUAAAUAUUCAGAAAGCGCUAAACUGAAGAAGGGCCAGAAGAUCGACCUGGCGGAGUUCGCCGCGUACCUGGAGGUCCCCAUUUCCGACACGCUGGAGGGCAUGUUCUCACUGUUUGACGAGAGCGGCAGUGGCAAGAUGGACCUACGGGAAUAUGUGAUCGCCUUGUCUGUUGUCUGCAGACCGUCCAAGACUCUGGACACCAUCCAGCUGGCAUUCAAGAUGUACGCGUCGCAGGAGGACGGCUGCAUAAACGAGCGAGACCUGUCCUGCAUCCUGAAGACGGCCGUGGGUGUGGCGGAGCUUCCUGUGGCGGACCUCUUCAGUGCCAUCGAUGAAGACGAGAAGGGAAGAAUCUCCUUUGCUGACUUCACUAGGUUUGCAGACAUGUACCCCGACUUCGCAGAAGAAUAUCUGUAUCCUGACCAGGCACGGUUUGAAAGCUGCACGCAGACUCCAUCAGCGCCAACCCUGAACGGCCUCUGUACUGACUUCAGUCCCGAAAGCACUGACCCCGGGGGGAAGCCUCUCCAUAGGAAACUGGACUAGGACAGAAGGUUCCGGAGAAACGAGUCCACUCCGGCUCUGUUGCCAUGCCCUCCACGGGGCUGUGGCUCCUCGUUUGCGCGUGAGGACAUCUGGUCUUCUCUCUCCCCACAAGCCCUGCAUUUAUUGUGUCCAGACCCGGGUUUUGGAAGACCUGGGGUGUGUAAGGAGCCCUGGUGGCACAGUGGUUAAGCACUCGGCUGCUAACCGAAAGGUCAGCAGUUCGACCCCACCAGCAGCUCCAUGGAAGAAAGAUGUGGCAAUCUGCUUCCGUAAA